AGUCUUCCCAUUCCACAACAACAUCCAGGACAUCUACGCGAAGAACAAAGACAACACACAAUACGUGCCAUUAUAAUCCAAUCGGCUGGGCUAUUCAAAAUGGCUACCGACUCCUCGUCAGAUGAGUCCGACCAUCAAGAUCAUCACCUGGACCUAGACAAACACAAUUCGGACGCGAGCAAUGACAACGAGUCCGGGUCCGACUCUGGCUCUGAUUCGGCGUCCAAUUCGGAAGCCUCUUCGGACUCGGACGACUCCAGCGAUGAGGCCUCUUCCUCAGAAGUCUUGACACGUAACAGUAGGGGUAUCCAGCUUCUGGCGUCGAUGCUCGACCUCGAAGCAAGUGAGUCCCACUCAAGCGAGGAUGAAGACGACGACGACGACGACGAUGACGACCUUGCCGAACACACCUACGAGUACCCCAACUCUCGCCAAGCCAGGCGCAACCAUCACCAGUCUUUCCCAAAGUUUACCCUCUUGCCUUAUGAGCUUCGCCAGCGCAUCUGGGAGAUGUUCUGCCCCGACCUGACGGCAAAGUCACGCGUUUAUGAGUUCCGCAUCCUCUUCCAGCUAGCUAACCUGCCCAACAAUCCGUUGGAAGUUUGGGAGAGUCAUAUACUUGAGCAGCAAACGGUCCCCGCCCGUGUCAUGUCGGCUGUUCACCGAGAAAGCCGCGAGCAUGUGCUCAAGAAAUUUCCCGACCUCCUCACCUUCCGUAAUGGCCGAAAUACGAUCCGUUGGGAUUGCAAGAAUGACGUCGUGAUUUUAGGCGGCAAAGCUGUCCCUCCCUUUUUCCAAAUACCAGGCUUUUCAGAUCAAAUUCGGAACCUGGCGAUCGACGUCGAGCUAGGCCGCUGCCUUGAUACCUAUCUGUUAUCGGAGCGGCCUGAAUACGAACAAUACUUCAAGGAAUUUUGCCCUCAGUUGAGCAGGGUGUUCUGCGUUAUUGACGAUGCCGAUUGUCCGGCAAGGCUUUUGCGCUGGUGCGCAAACAGAGAGAAUCGCCAUUAUUUUGUGCGAACCCAAGAAGAGGAGCCAGGCGUUGGAGAGGAUGCUGAGUACAUGUAUUGCUGGCGCAACCCCUCCAGGACACGCGAGUUCGCUGUCGACAACAGCAUUACUGGAGGUCUAGGCGAUUUCGUUUUUCGAUCACUGGAAUACACACAGAAUGAAGGCAAUGACACGGAAAAUAUAUUUCAACCCCUCAUACGCUUCUCUUAUGAAACCGGCAUCCGGCGCUUUGAGAAGCUCGUCAAGAAACAAAACGAUAACACCGACUGGAGUUUCUCUGACAAUGAUUUGGACGACGAGUCUGUGAAUGAGGAGCCCGAUGAAUAUGAGAGCUCAGGGAUCGAUGAUUCAGAAAUUAGCGAGGAUGGGGGCACGGGGUCGGAAAGUGGAGAUGAUCUUGUCGUCGUGACAGAUGAUAGCGACCAAGAGGAGGAGGAAGCUUCGAGCGAUGAAGAAGAACAAGGGCCAUUCCAUGCAGUACGUUUAGCUGAUUUUGACAAUGGCCCGAUUGAAAUCCUUGACGACUCCGAUGAUGCGUCUCAUUCUGGACACAACGCCCAUCAACAUCCUCACCUCGGUCCAAGCGACAGUGCUCGCUUCUCCAGCAUGGAGCCGUCAGAUUCCUCGACGAUGGAUCAUGAGUCAACUUCAUCACCCCGAGCUGGACCCUCUCGCUCCAAGGGCUCCGGCAGGAAACGGGUUCUGGAAUCGGAUUCGGAACAGGAAGAGAAACACGAUGGACCACCCAGGAAAGCAGCGCGUAUCAGCAAUGAGAGUCGACGCCGUGCCCGCGCCACGGUUGUGCUUUCGGAUGAUGAGGAUGAGGAUGAGCAGAUGGGCUACGAGUCGACCACAGAGAAGAAGCAAAGUCCUGAGGGCAGUAAGGCUGGUGAAAGACCCAAAGACCACGUGGUCAUCUCGGAUGACAAUGAAGACGAAGAAGAAGAAGAGAUGGUGAGGCAACGACGCAAGCAGAAAGCUAGGCAUCUAUACAAAGUCGUGUCAGACGAGGAGGACGACGAGGAGGAAGAUGAGGAGGAGGUAACGAUGCCUAAGAAAAAUAGGUCCCGUCGCCAAUUACGGCCCCCGGCUUCCGAAACAGAUGAUGACGAGGAUGAGGACGAAGAAAACAAAUCAUCCACGAGCGAUAGUGAUGACUCGGACUCGGACGACUCCUCGGACGAAGAAGAUCCCCCCGCCAGGCCUUUGACCCUCGCAGAAAAGCUGGAACUCCAUCGCCGAAAUAACCCUAUCCCGGACUCAGACGAUGAUAACGACAAUGACGACGACGAUGACGGCAGUGUUAGCGGGGAUGAUUACGAUGGGCGCAACUAUGCGGAUUUCCAGGAUGACGAAGAGGGGAAUGAGAUAUCGGGUGAGGAUGAUGACGAGGAUGAAGAUGACGAAGGCGGGCUCAUCAUAGAUAUGGCGGACGAGGAGGACGAAGGGGAUGAAGACGAUGAGUAUUAGUUCUUAUUUGAUACAGGGUCUACCGCGAGAUGGACGCUGUGCUGAUGCUCGUCCUCUCCACGUUUGGCUUAUGGGGAGCAUGGAUCUUUAAACAGGAUAUCCUUUGAAACGUUGUAGGGGUUGGAAAGACGCAGCGCAUAUUGUCCCGCCCGGGCAUCAUUUCAUCGGUUUCGGCCGUCAAGAGGAGGAUAGAAGAUAUACAUAUCAAUGCUUAACAGUUUGUUAACGCGAGACUUGCAACGUCUUGACAAGG